AUGGCGAGUGAAAGCUCAAACGAAAUAGCAGCUCUUUAUCCGCCUGCGCCUCCGUAUUUGAAGUUUUUCACUAAAGAAAACUUAGAGAAGAUCGAAGAAUACAAGAAGACCAAACAAAAGAACAGUGAAGUCGCAAGUGAUAAUGAAGACGAGAUACAUUGUGAGCUCGACUUUCUGAUCCCACCUCCUAUCCCAAAAUCAGGUCACUAUCGUGCUUUUGGUAGUGUAUGGCAGAUCAAGGAUCACCUUCCUUCGUUGGAAAGUCUGGGAAUGACACAGUUAUACAAGGUACCUAUUGAGGGCACCGCGACUAGCUACCAGUACAAAAUUAACGAACUGCAUAAACUUCUCAAGUCCCUUUUACUAAACUUUCUUGAAUUAGUCGGAAUCCUUAGCAUCAAUCCGGAAAAGUUCCCCGAAAAGGUUGAGAAUAUCCGUACAAUUCUGGUUAAUAUCCACCAUUUAUUGAAUGAGUAUCGUCCCCACCAAUCGAGAGAAUCCUUGAUUAUGCUUUUAGAGGAGCAACUAGAAUACAAGAAACAAGAAAUACAAAACAUCAAGGAAGUGUGCGCAGAGGUACGCGAGAAGCUGGAGAAAAUGAACGAUAUCUACAUUCUGGGAAGCAAUGAGGCAGAAAUCGAAGACAAAUCGGAAAUCAAAAUGGAGAUUGAUGGUUGA